AUGAAAGUACAAAUUAUAGAAAGAAUUCUUCUGUUCCAGUUCUGUUUGCUCACCGCUGUAUUAGCCGGCAAUAGAGCGAUGCUAGAAUUCGAAAGUACUGGAACCAAACUGGUCAAUUCAUUGAGAGUCUUAGCAACUCACUCACAAAACUCUGUGUGUGCUGAUGAAAAGAUAUCUGGAAUUGAGAGACAAAUAGGAGAAGUUAAAGAUAUGUAUAGUAACCACUCUCUUAUUCUUAAGGGAUUAAACAGUAUACUGAAUAACAAGGUAAAUAUCCUAGCAAGGGAAAUUCAAAUGGAAACCGUUGGAAAUAACACAUUUGAAACAGAAACAGGGAAGGUAACCAAGGGCUUAGACCGAGCAAUAAAAAUAUCUCCAUUCAAGUACAUCAAAAAAUUCAAGACUGUUUCAACGAGGAAGCUUGAAAGCGUCCUGAACAAGUAUGAUCUUGUUGCUAAAAAGGGCGGGGAAUUGACAGACGAACAGAAGAAAAAGAAGGAGGUACUGGCACGAAUUACUAGGGUAGUUGCUGCCACAACGGUCGAGGCUGGCCUGGCGCAAGGAGUAAUUGAUUUAUGUAUGACGGUGACAACUAGUCUGUGUUUAGUCUCGGCUAGCAUUGGAGGGGUCGGGUUUCUUAUUUGGCUCACAAUUAUAUACCAAGCUCUGACUUAA